AUGGCAGCAGAUGAAGGCUCGCAGGACACCUUGCGGCUCCAGUUCAAGGCCAUGCAGGAGAUGCAGCUUAAAAGGUUACAGAAGCGGAUGGAGAAACAGAAGGAAAAGGAACUGAGCCUCAACAGCAGAGUCGAUGACCCAAAAGAACCCUUAGAGAUCUUCGAUGGCCUCAGCCUUUUCCCAGCUGGGGAGCUAAAUUCAAAAAACAGCUUCGAGCAGAGGGUGAUUGAAGAUGAGAUUGAACAGCUCCGCAGUCAGCUCAGGGAAACCGUGGACGAGAACGGGCGGCUGUAUAAGCUGCUGAAGGAAAGGGACUUUGAAAUCAAACACCUCAAAAAGAAAAUAGAAGAGGACAGAUUUGCCUUCACAGGGACAGCCGGUGUGGCUGGGGAUGUGAUCGCCACCAGAAUCGUCGAGUUGUCCAAAAAGAACCGGGUGCUGAUGGCAGAGUCAGAGGCUGCGAAAACCAGAGUGAAGCAGCUGAGCUAUCGCGUCCAGGAACUGGAGCAGGAACUGCAGACGGCCCUGGCCAGGCCGCCGGCCAAGGGCGCCACCGACGCAGGAGCUAAGCUGCCGAGGGCCCCAAUGGGAAGCAAAGCCUUGCCCGAGGCCCCAGAGGUGAAGGCCUUGCAGGACAAGCUGGCGGCUGCCAACCUGAAGAUGAGUGACCUCCGCAACCAGGUCCAGUCCCUGAGGCAGGAGCUCCGGAUGGCCCAGAAGGCUUUGGCCAGCGAGGUUGGGGAAGAUGUGAACGUCCAGCAGCUUCUGUCCUCGCCGGGGACCUGGAGGGGUCGGGCCCAGCAAAUUCUCGUUUUGCAGAGCAAGGUUCGAGAGCUUGAGAAACAGCUGGGACAGACCCAGAGCCGGUCUGUGGGGACAGCCAGCGACGAGCUGUCCAUCUAUCCAGACCCAAGGAAGCUGACGGCACAGGAGAAAAACCUGUUGAGGAUCCGCAACCUGGAAAGGGAAAAACAGGAAGGCUGGGAGAAACUUGCUGGUGAGCGGGACGCCCUCCAGAGAGAGCUGGAAGAGCUGAAAAAGAAGGCUGAGGGCGUGCGGUCCCGGAACAAGGUGCUGGCGAGCGAAGUGAAGACCCUCCGGAGUCAGAUGGGGACCCUAGCAGAGAAGGGCCGGCAUGACGACGAACUCAUCGACGCCCUCAUGGACCAGCUGAAGCAGCUCCAGGAGAUUCUGGGAAGCCUGAGCCUGCAGGAGGAGAAGACGCGCGCAUCCCAGCACCGCCUGGGCCAGCAGCUCAACAACGAGGCUCAGCAGAGCAGCAGCCUCGUGGCCCAGCUGCGCGCCAUGGUGGCCGAGCGGGAGGCCAAGGUGCGGCAGCUGGAGCUGGAGAUCGGGCAGCUCAGCCUGCAGUAUCAUCAGAAUAAAGGAGAGGGUGAGGGGUCCGGUGAGCCCGAGGUCAACCCCACGUACACCACGUGCCUGGAGGACCCGGGCCUGGCCAAGGAGGCCGGCGAUCACGUUGGCAGGCUUGGGUCUUCCCGCUCUGUGACCAGCCUGGGCCACACACUGGUGGAAUCUUCUCUCACGUGGCCUUCCCUGCCCAGUCCUCACGGGGCCUCGCCCAGGUUCUCCGACUCCCCAGAACAAAAAGGCUGGCAGGCACAGGCGACAGAGUUCAAGGCCCUCUGGCAGGCGACCGAGGUCGAACGCGACCGGCUCACCGAGUUUGUCGCAGUCCUGCAGAAACGGGCGGAGGAGAGCGACAGCAAGCUUCUGGAGUCGGAGAGGAAGCUGCAGGAGGAGCGGCAGCGCACCGUGGUGCUGGAGCAGCACUUGGAGAAGAUGCGCCUGGAGCCUGGGAGGGCGGCGGGCUCUCAGAGAGCAGCUUCGCGGAGCAGAACAGGUCUGCCCAGCUCUAACACCAGGCACAACCCGAUCGGGAGCGAGAAAAAGGACCCAUCUUUCGCCCAGCUCUCCGGCAUGCCCAUGGAGUCACAGAUGGAGGAGUUGACCACCAGGCUGGCCAUCCAGGUGGAGGAGAAUGAGGCGCUGAGGUCCGCCCUGGGCAGCGCCCUGCGGGGAAAGGAGGAGGACUUCCGCAUGUACCACGAGACCCUGGCCCAGGUGAAAGGGGUCUUCCUGCAGGCCUUGCGGCAGCAGAAGGCAAACAAGCACUAGGACAGCGGCCCGGUAUCCCCCAGGCCCCGGCUCCUGCUCCUGGAACAGGCUCCCCAAGGUGACAGAGCCAACCCAUCAGGCCAGAAAG